AUGGAUUAUGCUAAGGUGAAGAAAGGAGGGUCCAUAGAACAGGUGCAGCAGAGUGGAGAGGACGAGACAAGCAUCAGAAAAGGUCCAUGGAGCAUUGAAGAGGACACCAUUCUCACAAACUAUGUCGCUACCCACGGUGACGGUCGCUGGAAUUCCGUCGCUCGCUCUUCAGGCCUAAAGAGAUCGGGGAAAAGUUGCAGGUUAAGAUGGCUAAACUACUUGCGUCCUGAUGUUCGUCGUGGGAACAUAACACUCCAAGAACAAAUCACCAUUCUUGACCUCCAUUCUCGGUGGGGUAAUAGGUGGUCGAAAAUUGCCCAGCACUUGCCGGGUAGAACAGACAACGAAAUAAAGAAUUAUUGGAGAACACGAGUGAUUAAGCAAGCAAAGCAACUAAAGUGUGACGUCGACAGUAAACAGUUCAAAGAUGCUUUGCGUUACGUAUGGUUACCCCGUUUGAUUGAGCGGAUUCAGCCACCCUCUCAAACACACCCAAGCCCAAGAGUACACGGGUCAGAAAGUUCUGGUUCGGGAACAGAGUGGGUGAAGCAGAGUUCAUCGGGUGUGGAAGUGGAUCACAACACAAGUUUGAAUGCGUUUGGUGGCGGUGGCGGUGGCGAAAUAAUGGAGAAUUUGUGGGAGGAUGAGAAUAUAUGGUUUAAUAUAAAA